UGUAUUUUUAGGCUAUUUUUUGUCUUUUGAUAUAUAUUGCCUUUUUUCAUUAAACAUGUACGUGCCCGGUUUGAUCAUGGCGACUUCCGCCCUUGACUGGUGACGUUUUAAAGCAAAGCGUUCUGGGAGUGAGGGAUGUGACUUGUCGGGUAUGGCGGCAGAAUUGACUUCCAGGUUUCGCCGGAUCCGCAGUAUGGGAGAGCUCAGAGCUCGCAGGAGAGGCUGUGUGGGACCGUUCCAAGCCACCCAGUUAUGGAACAGCAUCAUUCAUGCUUUGAAAACUCAAGUGGAAGUCAAGAGCCGACGUCAGCAUCUAAGAACAUAUCAUAACUGCUUUACUGGUUCUGAUGCAGUGGAUGUGGUGCUUUGCCAUCUUAUGCAGAAUAUGUUUUUAAGCAGCCUUGACCUUUCCCGGACUAAAGGAAUCCAGCUUUGCCAAGCUCUUAUGGAUCAUAAAAUAUUUGAGCCUCUUAAUGUCAAAGUGUUUAAAACGGAAACAGAACAAGUGUUUGAGGACAGCAAUAAUCAUUUUUAUAGGUUUAUAGAAUCUAAAGGUCCUGUUGAGUUGUUAGCUGGAGAAAAAGUGAAGAGACGAUCCAGAUCUGGCUAUGCAUCAACAAUAAGCAACCCAAGGGCUCUGGACACUGAAAAUGAAAAGCUACACCAGUUACUUAACUGCAUCUGUGAGCAUCCCAAUGCCAACUUGAAUCCGACACUUACUAAACCAGUCCAUGCCAUUUCACAGAAAGAUACAGAAAAUAUAUGGAAACAGCAGAUUAUUUUGCGACUUCUUCAGUUAAUAGAGAUUCCAAUGCUGGAAGACAUUUUUGAGUCACCAGUUAAAACUGAUCAGAAGAAAAACUUUAGUGAUCUUAUUGUUUCCAAUACAUUUCUUGACAGAGAGAUUCUUCAGACACUUAAUUUGCCUAAACUGGACAGAUGGCUUAUCACUGCUGUUGAUUGCUUAGAGUAUUUUCCAGAUCAACAGAUAGUUAUGCUAGCUCAACAGCUGCCCCAUAGCAGUAACCUUAACGAAGACAUCGACUUGUGUAAGAAAAUGCUAUUUGACCUUAUUGCAAAAUACUACACACAAGAGAGAGAAGCGUUUCUGAACAGUCUUCAUCUGAAUUUUCUCAUGGGAAUCAUUGAACUUUUAGAGUGUGGGAAACAAGCCCAAGCCUUAGAAGCUGUACAGCUUUACUUAAAAUUGCUAGUUCCAAAAGCAAAGGAAGAGCUUCGCAGACUGCUGACAUUCAUGGCAGUGGCAUCUGAACUUGAUAGCUACAAGGUGCACAAGCAGUUUGAUAAUAAAAUGGUAGUUGUCAGGACAUUUACCAAAGUCCUUGUUCAAAACACAACAAUACCAAAACAGCAGUGUGAGGACUUUACAACAUUUCUUUUGGAAAAUUACACGGAGAUCUUUAAGACACCAAUUAUUUUGUUGGACCUUGUUAGUACCAAACUAAGAAGCUUGCAUAACGGGAUGGAUCCAGACACCAUUUCAGGUUUUACAUUUUGUCAGCAAUGGACUCCUGAGGAGUAUGACAAACUGCAACAUCAUUACACCGCCUGUGAGCUGCAGCAGUUAAAAGAGGAGAUUGGAAGAAACUCUGCAAUUCCAGAGAAGAAAAAGAAAAAAAUUCUAAAAGAAUUCCACAAAUAUCACCCUUCAGCUUAACAGUAACCAUCCAAUGACCUGAGUAUGGUCCUGCUUUGAGCUACUUGUCUUCCUUGGUGCCACAUUUACAGCCUUCAAGCAGUUCUGAUCUACCACUCUUAGCAACUCCCAUGACUGUUGAAGAUGUAGUUUAGUAUCGGAAAAUACAAAAGGCUGACAUUGUGCCUCCUGGCUGCAGAAUUUGGGAUAUAUUUCUGCAGUGGCUCAUGUGCUGAUUUUUCCUAGAAAACAAAUGUAUUUUUGCAUUACUAAAGAACUCCAUUCAAGCUGCCUAAAUCUAUCUAUCUAUCUAUCUAUCUAUAUUUUGGAAAACUGAUUUUAUUCUUAAUGAACAUGCCUGAAUUUAUUUGAAAACUGAUGCAAUACACUGAAAAACGAUUUUCAGGCUGCUUACACUGGACAAGAACGGACAACUGGACUUAAUUAUUUGAGAUGUAGUAUAUAUUGUGAAUUCUACAGUGCUUAAUAAUCAUAACACUGUCUAAAAUAAUAAUUUAUCAUAGUUGAAGGGUGUGUUGUAUAUUAUUAUGUUGCCCAUGGCAACUGGCACAAUUAUCACAAUCCAUUGAAUGCCAUUUCAUUUUUUAAAAAAAAAAUAGAUUGAAGCUCUUUUUUAACAUGGUUCAGAAUACAUGAUUUGUAUGGUGGUAUGAAAUGAACUUUGCCCCAGUGGAAAAUGGUGUUGGAUUAGCUGUGCAUAGUUUACUUAUUUAUAGUAUGUUGCCUUAGUUGCUACUGAUUAAUCAGCUGGCACCGAUUAAUGAGUAGAAUAUUGUGCAAAUAUCAAUUAACACUGUUAGCCAAAAUACACUAAUUUAAUUUAUAUCUCUUUUGCACAGUUACUUAGGGCCCUUACACACAGGAUUUUAAAUGUCUGUUAGUCUCUCUGUAAGGGCCCUUAGACAUAAAUCAAUCGCACACAAAAUUAAACUCGGUUUGUAAGGGCCCUUUUUGUUUACAGAUUAAAUGCAAUUUUUAGGGAUUAUGUGCAAGUAUGUAAUUUGUAGAAUAUUGAGCAUGUAUCAAAAGUUACAUAGCUGGGCCAAAUGAAACUAAUUUAUUUUAGAUGGGUUUUUUUGCACAAUUAUUUAGACGCAGUGAUUUUUGUUUACAAAUUAAUUAUAGUUUUAGGGCUUAUGUGGAAAUAAAGUGCUUUUUUAUUUUUUUAGAAAUUUUCUUUUUGAAUGACUGAGAAAUGUAAUGAUUUAAUUAUUGAAAUAUAAUUUACGCAUUUGUGACAACACUUCUAUGUGUAUGUGUCCUGAAUCCUUUCUAAAUUCUAGUGUUCUGAAUACUGCUAGCCUUGAGAGAAAAAAUGUGCAAGCCAGUUAUCUUUCCUAGUUCUAUCACUGAUUAAUUUUCAUUGGGCCUAGCUAAUAGUUUAUAUUUUAGGAUACCUUUAAAGUGUCAAGAAUACAUCCAAUAAAUAGAUUUUGGGUAAUACUUGGGUUUACCCAAGCACUAGAGAGGUAUGAGUAGUAGGCACUUGGGUAUAUUUAUCAAAGAGUGACGUUAGAGGUCUCCACAGUCCUCUAAAGGGAAGUUCUGUCACUCUCCAUUCAUUUCUGUGGGAGUAUUUAUUAAUGGGUGGAAGUGAAAGUCCAUCCUUUAAUUAAUAAAUACGCCUUUCAAAAUACCAUAGAAUUUCACUCUAGAGGACAGUAGCAAUCUCUAACCACUUUUUGAUAAAUAUACCCCAUAGUAUUUGCUGGAAGCAUUUAUAUAGUUAUUAGCAUGUGAAAGGUACACCAGUGCAUGUAAUACUUUGGGAUGUGUAAACAUUUAUGGAUAAUUUUUGUAGGUUGUGAUCGAAUGAAAACUGUUGUGUAUUAAAAGUAGGGGGGGUGUAUGGAUGCUGGGUUUUUAUUUGGAGGGGUU